AGUGCGGUUUAAAACUCAGCAAACGGGAGCAUUUGUCUUCUCUAUAAUCACUCGACGUUGUCAUUUUUUAUAAAGUACUAAGCCACUGGACGCCAUGCACAUGUACAUAUACUUUUUGGCAGAGAAUGAUUUGCUGAAGUGAUUUGUUUUUGUUCAGACACAGCGGCCUCUCGCGGCUUCCGGCUGGACGUGUAUGUAUCCGAGGGCGUGUGCCAAACGCUGCUCGCCGGCGACGUCACGCGGCAGCGGCUGUCGGAGGAGGCGUGGCUUUGUUCUGCUGCAGCGGAGAAAUAUGACAUGGGGAUGAGCGAGAGAGAGAGGAGGGAGAGAGUGAGACAGCCUGAUAGGAAUUAACGGUUCGUCAGAGGUCUGGACCGAAAACGUUACGAUGGGGAGUAAUGACUGAAAACAGCACGGGUUCUCUGCAUCCCCAGUGUCUUCCUCUGCACUGCAGCCUCUGAAGCCAUGGACUAGAGCUGCGUCUGGUCCUGACAGUCCCGUGGUCAUCAGAUGGCUUCUCAACAACCCUCAGCAAAAAUACAGAAACAAGAGCUGGGAGGAGCACUGGGAGUGGAGUCCUAUUCACAGCACUAUGAAGCAUUGCAGGCUGGGGAUACUGGCCAGGACUAAAAUAAGAGGGGAGAGCAGCUGCAAUGAGAACGUGAAGGCUGGCGUCCACCAAGGCCUCCGCUGCACCUUGGGCAGCGCACACACAUGAUCACAUGACUCUGGACAUGGACGCGGUCCUGUCAGACUUUGUUCGGUCCACGGGGGCAGAACCGGGUCUGGCAAGAGACCUGCUGGAAGGUAAAAACUGGGACCUCAGUGCUGCUCUAAAUGACUACGAGGAGCUCAGGCAGGUCCACACUGCCAACCUGCCGCAGGUCUUCAAUGAGGGCCGCUACUACAAGCAGCCAGAGACACGUGACACGCCCACCCAUGUCAGCAAGAUCGACAGGCCGUGUGCACAGAAGCAGGAGGACAAUGCACAAGAGAAGCGUCUGUCCCGCGGGAUCUCUCACGCCAGCUCUGCCAUCGUCUCCUUGGCGCGGCUGCAGGUGGCCAGCGAGUGUACCAGCGAGCAGUUCCCUCUUGAGAUGCCCAUCUACACAUUCCAGCUACCAGACCUCAGCGUUUACAGCGAGGAUUUCAGGAGCUUCAUAGAGAGAGACCUGAUAGAGCAGUCUACCAUGAUGGCUCUGGAGCAGGCCGGUCGUCUGAACUGGUGGUCCACCAUGUGCACCAGCUGUAAGAAGCUGCUUCCUCUGGCCACCACAGGGGAUGGGAACUGCCUUCUGCAUGCUGCCUCUUUAGGGAUGUGGGGCUUCCAUGACAGAGACCUGAUGCUGAGGAAAUCCCUGUACACCAUGAUGAAGAGCGGAGCGGAGAGAGACGCUCUGAAGAGGAGGUGGAGGUGGCAACAAACCCAACAGAACAAGGAGUCGGGGCUGGUGUACACCGAGGAGGAGUGGGAGAGAGAGUGGAACGAGCUGCUGAAGUUGGCCUCCAGCGAGCCUCGCACUCACCUCAGCAAAAACGGCAACACCAGUGGAGGUGUGGAUAACUCUGAGGAUCCUGUCUAUGAGAGUCUGGAGGAGUUCCAUGUGUUUGUGCUGGCCCACGUGUUACGUAGGCCAAUCGUAGUGGUGGCCGACACAAUGCUCAGAGACUCAGGAGGAGAAGCGUUUGCCCCCAUCCCUUUCGGAGGGCUGUAUCUGCCCCUGGAGGUGCCUCCAAGCCGCUGUCACUGCUCACCUCUGGUCCUGGCCUACGAUCAGGCUCACUUUUCCGCGCUGGUGUCCAUGGAGCAGAGAGACCAGCAGCGAGAGCAAGCUGUUAUCCCUCUGACUGACUCGGAGCACAAGCUGCUGGCACUCCAUUUUGCCGUGGACCCUGGCAGGGACUGGGAGUGGGGGAGGGACGACAAUGAUAAUACCAAGCUAGCCAAUCUAAUCUUGUCUCUGGAGGCCAAACUCAACCUGCUGCACAACUACAUGAAUGUAACAUGGAUCCGAAUUCCAUCUGAAACAAGGGCUCCCCUGGCUCAGCCAGAGUCUCCCACAGCCUCUGCAGGUGAGGAUGUCCAGUCUCUAGCUGAGUCCAUGGACUCUGACCGUGAGUCUGUCGGCAGCAACUCUAACGUCAACACCGGCAAGCCCAGCAAGGAGAAGGACAAAGACAAGCAGCGCAAGGACAAAGACAAGAGCCGGGCCGAUUCUGUAGCCAAUAAACUUGGUAGCUUCAGCAAAACCCUGGGAAUCAAGCUGAAGAAGAACAUGGGAGGUCUGGGCGGCCUCGUGCACGGCAAAAUGAACAAAUCUAACUCUGGCUCAGGUCGUAACGGGGAGAAUGGAGGGGAAAAGACAAAGAAGAAGGAGUCUAAGGCAACCAAGGGAAGCAAGGAGGAGUCGGGGCAGUCAGCCAGCUCCACCUCUUCUGAGAAGGCCACUAGUCCCUCUCCCACAGACAGGGACAGGCCCUCCAGCUCCUCCCCCACCGAGAGACAGGACAGUGCAGGGAGAGUCUCAGGGGACAAGACCAUGGAAAACUGGAAAUACAGCACCGAUGUCAAGCUCAGCCUCAACAUCCUGCGGGCUGCCAUGCAGGGGGAGCGCAAGUUCAUUUUCGCGGGCCUCCUGCUCACCAGCCAUCGACACCAGUUCCACGAGGAGAUGAUCAGCUACUACCUGACCAACGCCCAGGAGCGAUUCAGCCAGGAGCAAGAGCAGAAGAGGAAGGAGGCCGAGAAGAAGCCCCCCGCCGCCGCCGCCACCACUGAGGUGGCCACGAAGAAGCCCGAGCACGAGAGUGUCUUCCAGAGGGAGAGAUCGGACAGCUCGCCCCCGGAGAGCUGCUCUCCCGUCCUGCCCCACCACACCCACACCUACAACCACAACUCGCAGCCCCCGCUGGGUCUCAAGAUGCAGGGCAGGAACAGUCCCACUCCUGCGGCCCCCCUCAUCUCCGUCCCAGUGCCUCCCCUCACACCGCCUACAGCCUCCCACCACGUCUCCCACCCAGCCCCAGCCCCAGCCCCUGCGCCUUACUCCUCCCCCAGUAUUGGUGCUAAGAGACCUGGGCCUGUUCCUGUGUCUGCCCACUACAGCCAUACACCGCCCAUCCAGAGGCACAGCGUGAUUCACAUACAAGAUGUCAACAUGCAAUCCUCCAUCUUCCAAGAUGACCCCUAUAAGCCCGUGGUUGGCACCCUAAAGACAUGCGCCACCUACCCCCAGCAGAACCGCACACUCUCGUCCCAGAGUUACAGCCCUGCUCGCCUGUCGGGGGUCCGCACUGUUAACACCAUAGAGACCCUGUCCUACAAUAUGCCCGGUGAACACAAGUCCCACACCUACACCAAUGGAUUCGAUGCGGGAGACAUUCAGGACUGCCUGGAGUUUGCUGAUGAGGACAACUCGUCUCACACCUGGCUCAACCAAGACAAAACCAAAGGGCGGAGCUCUGGAAGCCCUUUGUACUGCUUUCAGCAGCGCCGCUGCAAGAGGGAGAACUGCUCCUUCUAUGGCAGGCCAGAGACAGACAACUACUGCUCCUACUGCUACAGAGAGGAGCUGAAACGCAGGGAGAGGGAGAGCAAAGUGCAGAGGCCUGCAUAGCCAUCACCGCCACUUCAGCCACUUGUCAGCAAGGCCGCAGGAGACUUGAGGGAACGACACCAUCUGCACUCUGCAUUUAGAAUAACAUGAUGGCAAACAUUUUUCCUAUUUUGUUGAAGAAUGCUCUUGUAUUCCUGUCACCUUUCCCUUGUUAGUAAAGAUUCUUACUUUAUGAUGGGGGAAGCAGAACUUGAAACAGUGAGCAGCUUUGGCCAGAUAUUGUGCUAUUUCGUUUCUGUCUCAUUGAAUUUAGUCUUUUACUUGUUUUAGAGUAAAAGUCAUCUCUGUGAUGUAACUUUGUGAGAGGAAAGUUCUUUAUUUUUCAAAGUUCAAAAGAUUUGCAUCUUAUCUGGAGGGAACAUUUUAGCUCUUUUAAUCAGUUUGAAUGCAAUACCUCUGCUUGGUUCUUCAAAAAUCUCUGUGGAAAAUUUGUAGUUGUUUUGCAAUCAAAAGAAAUUUAACGGGAGAUUAAUAUUAGACUUUAAAGCAAUAAAUUGGUGAUUUUUGCUACACCCUCUCCCAAUUUUGUCUAUGCACCAAUAAUAUAGUUACUGUAGGUUAACUGUGUCUUGUAAAUUGUAAAGGAUUGUCACGGUGUGCUUUUGUAAACAAUUUGAAACUACAGGAAUUAAAAUGUGUAAGCAUUAUAGACUGUAAUGUUGGAUUAGGAUGAAAUGUAAAACUAUUUCAUUUGUUAAGUGUACCUUUGUUCUUACCACAGUGCAAGGGUUUGCUGUGUCAGAAUUGGACUCAAAAUAUUGUGUAAGAUAUCAUUCCACAUUUUUUGCCCGUAGUCAACCUCCUAAAAACCACAAGCACUGCCAAAACUGGCUUCUAUACAAAAAACCAAAAAAAACAACAAAACAAAACAAAAAAACAAAAAAAAUUCGAUUCAAAUUUUCAAAAUGUUUUUUGUGCCAAACACUGAAUAAUGUGCAUAGGACAAAUUUGCUUCUCAAAUAUGCAGUGUUUAUGGUGUGUUUCUCUGAGUCGCCUGUCAACUACUCUAUUCGGUAAAUGUGUUAGAUGAGAAGAAUUUAGUGAGAGCAGGCCGAUGCGUAUUUGUCUGAAGUGUGAUAACGUGUGUGUCCCCCCCCUGCCCCCCCUCCCCUCC